GGUCCUGGACACGGAGGCGGGGGCGGGCUAAGUUGGGAGAGUGAGAAAGAGACCCCCUGCGUCGAGAGAGGCAGGGAGCAGACACCGGGAGUGAAGGAAGGAGAGACAGAGUCAGGGACGUUGGCGACAGAGAUGGGACCCAGAGCCUCUGCAUGGAUGAGACAGGCAGUGGGGUGGAAGGCAGACUGGACAUCCCUGUGUGCUGUAUUUACAUGUGGUUCCUGGGACUCGGGAAAACAGAUCUUGCAGGUCCCUGCUCCUCUGUUCUCCACCCCCAGUACUAGCCCCGGGUGUCCCAGACUAGAAACCAAAGGAAAGACCCCAAGAAGCAGAGCAAGCCAGGGUGGGAGGACCACAGACCCCUAGGCAGCCCACCUGGCCCUUUGCAGGACCACUAGAUUUUACUUCCAUUCUUAAGGAGUGGGUACAAGGACUGGGAGGAGGGCACUUAUGACAAGCACUCAUGGGAAGCCCUCAGCAGGCUGAGGUGGAGAGGAGGAAGGGACAAGGGGACCCUUGUCCUCCCACUGCCCUCAACUAGAGCCCAGCUCCAAGAAGUGACAGAGCAGAGACCCGUAGAGGGAACAGGGGACCAACGCCUCAGCCUCUUUGUGCCAUCUGGUGGUGGAAAGGGAGAAAGACAGGAGCAAGAAGGAGAAGGGUCUGGGAAGUUGAACAGCAGGGAUGACAGACUCCAGGGGUGAGUUCAAGUUUAGCCAACAAGUGGCCCUACCCCAAGGUGUGUCUGAGGGGAGCCAUUUUGCUCCAGUGCCCUUGAGCUGCCUCUACCACUUCUCCCUGGCAAGGGCUGGCCCCUCCCCUUCCAGGGUGCUGCCCUGAGCCUGAGUCACUUCCCGAGGCCCUUGGCUAGGAAGUUACCAGCGACAGGCCCAGGCUGCAGAGUCCAGCUGUCCAUGCACCACCACCCAGGUCUUCCCAGGGAUUAAACGCGACAAGGAUGUCAAGCAAUGAGCGCAGUGUCUAGAACCCAGGGACUGCCCAGUAAGUGGAGCCGUGGCACCAUCUUUACACGCUGACCUUCAAGAAAGCUGGGUUAUCCCCCACACUAGUUGACUUGCUGUGUGACCCUAGGUAAGUCCUGCUCCCUUUCCAGGCUCUGAUUCCUCGUUUGUAAAAGGAGAGCUGGGCGGCUGAGCCCAGAAGGUUCUUCCUGGGCUGAUCUUCUAAGUCACAGGGAGUUGCAUCGUUUCCAAGUACCCAUGGCAGAUGACGGGGCCAUCCUCAAGGUCACCAGGGACCUGAAAGCUGCUGUCUCUGCCAUCCUCCAGGGCUAUGGGGAUGGGCAGGGGCCAGUGACAGAUGCCAGUGCUGAGCUGCACAGAUUCUGCGGCUGCCUGGAGCUGCUGUUGCAGUUUGACCAGAAAGAGCAAAAGAGCUUUUGGGGCCCUCCGAAGGAUUACUGGGACUUCCUCUGCACUGCCCUGCGGCGGCAGCGGGGGGACACGGAGCAGACUCGCUUCAUCUACUCGCAGGAGAAGCUGAAGACCCCUCUGGGCAGAGGCCGCGCCUUCAUCCGCUUCUGUCUGGCCCAUGGACAGCUGGCCGAGUCCCUGCAGCUCUGCCUCCUGAGCCCAGAGCUCAUCAGGGAAUGGUACGGCCCUCGGAGCCCUCUCUUGUGCCCUGAACUCCGGGAAGACAUCCUGGACUCUCUCUACAUGCUCAAUGGGGUGGCCUUUGACCUGGACCUGCAGCGGCCGGAUCUGGAUGGUGCCUGGCCCAUGUUCUCAGAGUCCCGCUGCUCCAAUUCCAGCCGGACCCAGAGAAGAAGACCCAGAAAGACCAAAGAUUCCCCAAAGAUCUUAGCAGCAUUUGGAGGCCCCAAAGGAGUCCAGCUGGAGGAGCCACUCACCACUCAAGCCAGCUGUCUACAAGAUGCCCCCAGAGGAGGCCAACCGGCUGGACUUCCCAGGUCUCAGCAACACCGACAUGUUCCCUCCUGUCUGGAAAAGCAGAUGAAAGAUUCCAGGAGCCUGGGUUUCCUCCAGGAGCAGGAGGAGCUUCAGCCAGACCUGGAGGAAGGAGCUCCGAGGCCCACCAAGAAAUUCCUAGAGAAGCCAAGAGCCGGCAUGAUGCCAGAGAAGGCGGGGGCCAAGGAAGCUCAGAAGGAGGUGACAGGGAUGGCAGCUGGAGGCACAGGGAUUCUGCCAGGUGCAGAGGUUCAGAGAACAAAAGGGGUCCCUGGAGAAGAAACAGAGUGGGGUCCCACUCAGAGGUUGCUGGUCUUCAGCCCCAGAGUGAAGACGGAGGGAGCACUAGCAGGGAGCAGGCUGGGGUGGGAGGAGCCUAACAUUCUGGGGGAGUUCUGGGUCCCCCAGGACCCGGGAACAAAGGAAGGCCCCACCACAGAAGAGCCACAAGAACAAAAAGGAGUGACUGGUAUGACCAGUGGGGAGGACCAAGCAGAGGAGCCCUUGCAGGACACAGUCAAGAACCUCAGACUUGGGCUCCAGAAGGCUGAAGAGCAGACCCAGCGCCAGGAGCAGCUACUGAAGGCACAGGAGGGGGAGCUGCAGGCCCUUCAGGAGCAGCUCAGCAGAUGUCAGGAGGAGAGAGCCCGGCUGCAGGCAGAGCUGGAGCAGCAGCACCAGGAGGCUGAGAGGAGGGACGCCCUGCACGAGGAGGAGCUCGGAGGGCAGCGGGACCUGGUCCAGGCCAUGAAGAUGAGGGUGCUGGAACUGGUUCAUGAGAAGGACCGCCAGUGGCAGAGGCUGCAGCAGCUCUCCUCCGUGGUGCCCGCCGUCUGCGUUGGCUGCGGCAAGGUCUUCAGCAGGCUGUCCCGGCGGUAUCCCUGCAGGCUCUGCGGAGGCCUGGUAUGUCAUGCCUGCUCUGCGGAUUACAAGAAGAAGGAGCGCUGCUGCCCACCGUGUGCCCAGGGAGGAGAAGCCCAGGUCACCUGAAAGAGCAAUCCAGGAUCAGCCACCCCACACCUACAACCCCACCCCAGUCCUCUCCCUUCCCUGCUUUCUCCAAGUCCUCUGGUCUGUCGGGCCUCAUGUUCUAGAAGCUGGUGAGCAAAGCAACAGCACCCCAGUGCAGGGACAGCGGCAGCCGGGGUGACAGUCUGAAGACAUUUCUAGCCCUGCAUGUCCCACAUGGAUGAGCAGAGUAGCACAUGCCCCUGGCUCUCAGGGCUUUGCCACUAAUGUGAGGGAGGUGGCCUACAGCCUGUCUACAAAGUCCUUCAAGGCACAGAAAAUCCAUGGCCAUACUUAAAAGCCAAGGCCCUGAUGGUUCCCCGGCACCUCCCCCCUCACCCAGCUGCGCUGCCCACCCCAUGCACCAGGAGUGAAGCUUGCGCAGAUGCCGCUUCUUCAGUAGCUUCUGGUCUAAUCUGCUUCACGGAUCUGUGUUUGAUUCCUUUUGUUUUAACUUUAACAGAUUUAUUGAGGUGCUACUGACAUAUAAUAAACAUGAUGGAAUUUU